AUGGGAUUCGGAGAUGCAAGUGCCAAAGACAAGAAGGCGGCCGCGGCAAAGCAAAAGGACGAGGCCGCAAAGGCUGCAGCCGAAGACGCGGCGUGGGCGGAAACUGACAAAGGCAACCUGAAGAAGGCGGCCAGGGCCGCCGACGCCGCAGCGAAGGCAGAUGCCAAGCUUGCAGCAAAAGCAGAGCUUAAAGAGCUGGAGAAAGCGGACGAGGAGGCCAACAACGGCAUGAAGGGGGCCAACAAGAAAGCAGGCGGCUACGGCAAGGUGACACAAGCCGAGAUCGCCAGAAGACAGGCCUUGAUGGCAGUCGCUGCCAAGGCGAACCCCAAGAAGCAAGCUAAGAAGACGGAGGUUGUACCUCAGCCUAAGCUGGAGGCGAACACCAACCGCAUGGAG